AUGGUUAACAUUGGUAACGUUGUUGAGGAAGAGGUGCAACGCACCUUUUUAUCUGGCCCUCGUCCCGAGGACCAGUUGUUUGGCAAAUUCUUUGCCAACGUUGACAAAUGUCGUCUUUUGAUGAAAGAGAAGCAAGUUCUUGCUUCUGGCAGCGCGGUGUUGCACGCGCUACAAGGAAGCCCGUCUUGGGUUCCAUCGGAUCUUGAUCUUUUUGUAUCAAGUUCGUCUCUCGGCGAGCUUGGCUUGCUAGAGUGGCAUGAGUAUCUUCGUUCUGAAGGAUAUUCUUUGGUGCCGGCUACUGUUAAACGAAGUUAUUCGGCUACAAAUGUUAGUAGGCCGGUUGUCCUCAAAGUGUUUUACUGA